GAUAACCGGAACUGGCCGCCUCGUUAAAUCCACGUUAAAAAAGGGCGUUUGAUGCGGAAAGGUAGAAAAACGAGUCACAGGGUGGAUACUGUGUUGCACACAGGCUUCCCAUCCUGUCCCCGAUGUGAAAUUUUUGUUUACGACCGAAGGUUUCUGAAACGGGACACUGGCGACGUAAGGUUAAAGAAUGUUGUUCAGCCAACUUGCACAGUGUUUUGUUACUGAAAGAAAGUGUGCAACAAAGAGUAGAAAAUUGGGAGAUGAUAAUGAGUUACGUUGAAGGUACGGCGGAAACGAGAUUGGAUAUAGAGAUUCAAAACCUGACAUCUGGAACUUCCAAGAAACAUAUCAAUAAUAAUUUCACUCGAAUUUAUCUAGAAGAAAAUAAGUACACAAGCAGACGAAUUUUUCGUAACGUGAUAGCAUCGGCUAAUUCAACGGAGUAUCAAGCAAUGCCCUUCUCAAUCUUCAUCACAUCUUGGUUUACCGACAAAGCCGCUAAAUCAGAAACCAAGUCCACUCUACGUUGGUCGAUCGAUCAAACGAGUAGAAAGCAACGUUCUCCCGUUGAGCAACGAAACUUCGCCUAUCAGCAAAGGCAGGUAAACUUGGAGCUAAAGCACAAGUGGACAGCCCACUUUCGCUGCGUUCGUUCGACGUUCUCUAAUUAACGCGCGAGCCUAAUUAUAGAAUUACAGACGGCGACGGUUGGACGUCAUCUGCCAAUAGACGGAAACCCAGAAUCAACCUGAUUCAGCGAACGACGGGGAUCACCUUGAGAAGGAUGAACAAAGGCGUACGAGGGUGACAGUAUCGCAGCCUUGACCCAAAACCAUCCACGUUUCUCCCUAGUUCGACUCGGCUUAACGGUUAUUCCAUCCGGAAACUUUGUCGCCAAAAACAGCGAGAAUCUCUGUCUUCGAUCAACCGAGAAUCCAUCGUUGUUAACUGCUUCCGCCUUUAUUACCAAUUACGUUUUAUGACUCCGGAACUUGGCCAUCUUCCGUGGUACAGAAUCUCACUGAGAACACUGUUUACCAUCGAACCAUGUUCUAAGUUAUUGGCAGAGCUUAGAGUUUGCAGUUUAAGCUGGCGACAGUUUGCUGGGAUACGAUUAUAUUGUGGAUGUUUAUGUAUGACAAGUGUUAAUAUAUAAAAUUGUACAAGGAUGUGCACGAAUGCAAAAAUGUGUAAAAUAUCAAAAGUAGAGUACAUAUUGACACAUUUGGAAAAUACAUUAGAAAAAUGCAUCUAAAAUAUUAAAAAGUACUCGUAACGUAGUGUCAUCCUCCUCUACUAUUCCUCUAUUCUUCUGUCGUUCCUCUACUAUUCAUUCUAUGUAUAAUCUUAAUUAGUAUGGCUUCUAAACGGUAGAACUAUACGAGACUGUGGAAUCAGUAAAUCUACCAUAGACACGAAGAACGUAAACAAAGGAGUUAACUGAGACUGCGGUUGCCUUAGAAUAUUUUGUCACAAAACUCUGCCGAAACAAGGAAAAUUAUUGUUGAUACUUUUAAUGCGACCUUCGAUCUAAUAACAAAAUUAACAGAAGAUCCGCUAUAUUCAUAACUUAGAAGUAUAGUACUUGUAUUAUGCCUAGCCUCGAGAAAUGAGCACAUAAAGAUGUAUCAUACACCAGCUGCUCUUCAUUAGCAAGUUUUACGAGGUCAUUCAAAAAUAUUUAUUACAAUAUUUCGUAUGUAUCAGUGGGAUCAACCUCGACCUUCGCAUGGUUAAAGAACAACCCUUGCGUCUCCAUCACUACGAUCUAAAUCUCCGUACAAAACGAAACUGCCAACGCUCUAGCGGAGUACAUGCAACCGCUUUCGCCGGGCUCUAUCAAAUGUCAAAGUUCAGUACACCAGUUCAGCUGAUCAAUAUUGCUGGGUGUUCAUUCGGCUGCCAUUGGCGCACUUUCAAACGCGAUUGUCUUUCACAGUGAGAAUAGACGAACGGACGGACGUCGUUUGACCUUCGACAGGCAUCUUCCGCGGGAUUUCAGCCGCAAGGAUUCCUCGCCACGCCCAGGCACGCGUAGGCUGAACCCUGAGCACCGUUGAAAGGGUAAAGGGCGCGUGCAGCCUGGAAUUCCAGCGACCACCGGCAGGAAAUCAAUUACGGGCCUUUAAAUCCCACGACGACCGGCUUCCUAUCGAUCUUCGCCUCCCACGGAAGUAUCCGCGACUGCUUUGCAUCUGCUUAUGGAAAUCUAGCUACCGAACGAUUAUCGGCCACCGUAUCAAUCGGUCGCCGCUAAUUUUUCUAUUUCGGUUUAAUAGAUGGAGCUUUGGUGUUAUGGCUUCUAAAUGAUCUAUGGCACAAUUAAGUAAGACGAUAUAAUCUAAAAAUCAUUACAAUGUUCAUUAAUGGGAUUCUUGGAUCACGUCGACUUAUUUAAUUGGAAGAAAAUUCAAAGCUAUGUACGAAAACGUUAAAUGACUUACUUCUUCUAAUUUAUCGAAUCUAUUAAAAUAUAAAAACGAUCUCGUCCCACAAAACGGAAUUUCCAAAAAUCUCAUAUACGAAAUAAUUUGCCUAAUUCAUUGACUCACGAUACAUUAUGCAUCAUCGGCUUACAACAGGCCGCACGUCCGUUAAGCGGUUGGUUGUGGAGCGUGACCCGCCGGAAUCGUCGACGAAGCGAGCCCGGCCACAAAGCCGUGGACCACGAAAGGGUCAACGCAUUCCAUGCCGCGGAAGCGUAUCGUUUCAAAGAAACCGCGCGCGGCGAGCGAGCGAGCGAGCGAGCGAGCAAGCGAACUAGGAGAAACGAGCAGACGGACACGAGGCAACGUAACGGCCCCGAUCUUGGCUGGCUGGCAAGGACGAGGUCGCGAGCGCGGCCUAAUCGUGUUCGUGCUCGUGGAUGU